CGUCAAACUUGUUGCCCACAUCGCUUUCCUAUUGGUCCGUGAUGCUACAUCCCGCAUGCUUAUUGGCUGUCUGGGAUGUCAAUGAUUGUUAUUCGUUCCCGUUGUCUCUGCAUCACGAAAUGCGGUAUGUAGGUUACGCGUCUUAAACCCAAACUCUGAUGACCAGUGUUAGAAACUGAACAAAGCUGGAAUGGCACCGACAACGGAGUCCAGGCUGGAUGUUGACGCUCUGAGUAAGAAAGAUGUGCUACUGCUCUUCAGUGUGCUGGAGGGAGAACUGGAGGCCCGAGACCUUGUCAUCCAAGCACUCAGGGCCCAGCGCAGGGAAACGUAUGUGUGGGAGCACUAUGGGAAAUAUGAUCUGAGCGAUCCCUUCAUGGCCCUGCAGAGGGACAGCGAGGCUCUUCGGGGCUCUGCUCAGGGCAGAGGAAAUACCACAAGUUGUUCACAGAGACGAGCGACAGACAUCAGGCGCUCUGAUCCACUGACCAUGCUCAGGGUGGUGGUGGGACACUGCAGGAAAAUGCAGGAGAAGAUGCUGAAGCAGCUUGCAGCUGCCGAGAUCAGGCACAGAAGGGUUAUUGCUGAUUUGGAGGAGGAGAAGAGGAGGCAUGCUGAGGAUACAGCUGAAGGAGAUGAUGUCACAUGCAUUUUAGAGAAGGAGCGAGAGCGCCUCCUACAGCAGUUGGAGUUUGAAAAGACAAAGUUAUCCCGGAUGGAGAAAGAAAACAAGCGAUUACAAGCUCAGCUGGAGGAUGAACGUGUACAACAUAAGCAGCUUAUGGGUGCUCUGGGGCGUGAGUGCAAACGCUCGAGUUUGCGUGCUCACGAGGAGGGACAGCGUGCCAGUGAACUUAGUCGCCGGCUGGAGCACCAACGUGCCACCAAUCAAACCCUGAGGGCAGAGCUUGAGGAGGAGAAGAAGUGUGCCAUGCAAAUGGAGGCAAGGAGGGAAGAGCUGCUGGCUGAAUUUGAUACAGAAAGAGAGCAGCUGAGUCUGCGGCUGAGACGGGAAGAGGCAUGCAGCAAUGCUCUGCAGGAAGAGGUGGAGAGGCUGAGGGGAGAGAUACGACAGCUCAGCGGAGAGGUCGACAAGGAGGAUCAUAGAAACGAGUUCAGGGAGGUGAGAAAUGGUUCGGUGGAGUGUGGAACAGAAAAAUCAGACAUGAUCCAGCUGAAGAUUAACGGUCAUCAGACACUAGUAGAGGAAAGAGGGAAUGGCUUGAGGCUGAGGAAUGAAAAUGGAGGAGAAAAUCUGGCUUUUCUUUCCAUCCUAAGCACUCACAAUAAUGAACUGACUAAUGGGUCCUCCACUAAUUUAAAUAAUGAGAGUCUCUCAACCUGUGGCACAGGCUCCUCUCCUGAGACAAGCUCAAGCCUACAGGCUGCCUAUCAGGCUGGAAUCCAGCAGCGCUUCCAUGCAGCACGUCACAAAUUUCAGUCCGUUGCUGAGCAAGACCCCCAACUGGGCUCAUCGGUCCCUCAUUCCCCUCGUGACCUUUUACCCUGUGCCACCACAGAUCCUCUACCAGAGUGCAGCAACUCCAAACAGACAGGCUGCAGUACAGUGACUCAGGCUCUCAGCCGCUUUAGCACUAAAACAGCAACCAUAUCAAACAGCUCACCUUUUGGCACAGACUACCGUGCCGUGGCACCAUCCGGAGCACUGUCUCCUGGAAUUCGCUCUCCCACAAUCCCCAGGGUUGAUAGAGGGAUCCCUCCACCCAUCCCCCCUAAGAAACCCGGCCUGGCAGAGACCCCACCCUCCCCUGCUACCCUCAGAGCUGCCCACAUGGCUCAGAUAUUAGCUGGAUGUGGCCGGAAAACAGAAAACAGCAAAGAACCAGACCUGCUUUUGUCUUCCAGGAGCUAACAUGCACACCGCCAUGGGUUCUGUGAUGGCUUCUGAUUUGUUUUGUUUUUAAAUUAAAAAAAAAAAAUUAUUCACAUAUCUCUUGCUGCCACAUCAUCAUGUAUUUGUAUACUAUAAGAAUUCCAUUAAUUAUAGACUUUAUUAUAUGAAACCAUUUAAACGCUUUGUACCGGGCAUGCUCUUAUUGGAAAGUAGUCAUUCAUGGGUUUUUGUUCAGCAGGAACAUUUUUUAUUUAUUUAUUAACGAAAGCUUUAAAAACUGUAACAUCUGUGAGUUCCUGUAAUCACUUGUCAUGUUAUUAGCUCUUUAGUCUCUCUCUUUCCUUUCUAUUGAACUUAUAAUACAAAAAAACAGAUUAGAGUGAAAUUGGAAAAUAUUAUGGUUUCAGUCCUGAAGUCUUUCACAAAGACUUUUACAAGACCCUGAAUAACUGUUUCCAAGUGUUGACACUUCUUAUGUAAAUGAAACAUAAACGUCAGAAACAGCAAACUUAAUCAUUGAGAUUCCACUAUUCCCAAAAAUUCACAGUGAAUUACAGUGUUACUAAAGAAAGAAUACCAGAUUAGCUCUAGUGUCUAUCAGUAUAAAAUCAUAUUUUAUGUUAGAGCUGGAACUACUGUCAGAGCUAUGUUAAAGAACAAUGAAUAUUUUUCUGCAAAUUUCAAAGAUUUGUUUUCAAGGUGUACUUUAGCUCUGUUGUUCGUCCAGUGAGACCACCCAAUGUCUGUGUAAACAGAAUGAGUUUUAACGCAGUGACUGUGAUUACCAGAAAAAAGAAGAGGUGAUUAUCUUGACACAGAAUAAAUAUUACUCACACAUAUUUGCCUGCCACAUUAAAAGUGUGCUGAUCAUGCUGUGGGUAAUUAUUAUGUAUUAAUCAUAAAAGAACACACUGAGGGUUGUUUUUUUUACUCUAGAUAUAUAGAAGGUCAUAUUCAGUUAGAGGUCAGUUGAGCAUUUAUACAAAUACCAAUAACGGUGGUUUUAUUCCUAUCAUUUUGUGUGUGCAGUAUAUGCUUGUGUAUUGUAUACGGUUCUUAUCAUUCGGAUUAUAACACAAGGUUUUCUCAAAAGAUUUUUUUUGUUGUUGUUGUUAUCUAUUUGUAUUUGUCUCUUUUCUAGUUUAUACACUGUAAUGUAUGUUUGUGACAGUUUGUAUGCAGCAAGCAUGCUUUUAAAAGCUUUUGUAAUCUGUGCAUAUGUAUAUAAAAUAUUAUAAACCAAUUA